AUGUCCCCAAUUCUUGAACGCGUUACCUUGAAUUUCCGAUCGCAUAACCACCCACCGAGACCUAAGGUAGCACAGACCAGUAACAUCGAACAUGACUCAGGCGCAGUAACUAUCAAAAGCAUCUCGAACAAUGGGAACCUUGCCUAUUCCAUUCAGGCAGGUGGACACAAGUACAUCGCCACGGCACAGGUCGGCAGUGGUGGUUUCGGCUAUGUCUGGUAUGCCAUCAAGGACGGCAAAGAAGAAGUCGCGAUCAAGGUCAUUGACAAGGCCGGUUUGCUUGCGCAAUUUGUUUGCUCCGCCAAAGACGAACGGCCGAAUUUGCAACAACUGUUCGAAGGUUCACCGAGAGCGGCUGCAGCUAUCAGAGCUGAAUACGAAGCGUUCAAGCGUGUCACCGAAGAACGAUCUCCAUUUUUGACUCCCUUGUUGCAUGCCUUUGAGGACAAGGACAAUUUUUACUUCGUUAUGAGAUUCUACCCGCAAACCCUUCGCACUAGGGCAAGAUUCGGAUUCAUGCAUUGGCAAUUGCGUCUUGUUGCUGCCGAGCUUCUUCUUGCCAUCCAGCAUCUCCACAAAUUGCGCAUCGUACAUCUGGACUUGAAGAUGGAAAACGUGCUGGUCACUCCGUCUGGUCACGUAUGCCUUGCAGAUUUUGGAAACGCCCGAGUAAUGGAUCGCAAACUGAAUUAUCGGCAAUUCCACAACGCACGCAUGUACGGUAUAUCGGGUACAGAUGGUUAUCUUCCUCCGGAACGAUUCGAAGAAGACGAUGAAGUCAAGGGAUAUAACUUCAAGACGGACAUCUGGACUUAUGGUGCCAUUUUACUAGAGCUUUUCUUAAUGAAUGGUGGAUUUGGCUACGACCACAAGAUACCCGCGGGUUACGACGGGGAGCGCAGACUAGCCUUCAUAAGACCGAGGGAAGAAAUAGAUCUCGUCCAUGAUAAUGACGCCAAGGAUCUUCUAUUUUCUAUUUUCGCCCCGAAACACCAUAACAUGAGGCCCGAGUGGGAGUCGAUUCGCAGUCACCCAUUUUUCGCGUCCAUAGAUUGGAAGAAAUUAGAGAAACAGGGAUACGAUCGCAAGUCCACACCUAAUAUCUGCUGCCGUGUCGUUGCUCACGUCUCACAAGCCAUGUUCAAAGCCUGCUUGGGCAACGGGCCACUCGAAACUGUGGACUCUGGAAAAAGUGCCAUCAGAUAUUCUUAUCCUCAACUCCCAGAAUUCAGGAAAGCUGUACUUGAGCAGGAGAAAGAUAAUUAUGGACUUGGACGAAUCCACGUGGACUACGAGUGCCCGAUCGAAUUGGCGCAUGAUGCUAUGCAUGGAGCGACUUGCAGGGCUCCAGGGGCUAAUGUGUGUCGGAGACAUGUUUGCAAAUGUGAUUUGCCUGCCGACUGGAACAGGAUGUAG